CUUAGCAGGAAAAUCACACACUACCCCAUCCAUCACUAGCUAUGGCAUGGUGCAUGAAGAACAUUGGCAAAGGACUAUUGGGAACCAACAAUGUGUUGAUAUGCUUGUGGACCUUGUUGCUGGUGACGCUGCUUGUCUUGUCAUCUGAAGAGAUGGGUUCGGAUGCAUGUGAUCAAGAUUGGAGCCAGACAUGGGACAACAGCUCAUGUAUCAUUCGCGGCACCUGCAACAAGCCCUGCAGAAGAGAGAACUUUGACAGCGGCAUCUGCAAAAAACUCUUUAGAUGCAUGUGCUACAGAAACUGCACCAUUGAAUCCAUGUAGUCAUAUCUGUGCCAUCUUUCAUGCAUGAUCGAUCGAAGCUAUUGCUAUGAGUUCAUGCAUUAUGAAUGAAAUAAAUUAAUUAAUUUAAACCGCUCUGUCCAUCUAUCCAUGGCAUAAUAAAGGAAUAGAUCUUGAUGGAGCAAUGCUCAUUUGCUACAAUAUUUCAACUACUGCUUCGAAUGCUCACUGGGUAAGAGGUUCUCCA